AUGGCUGUCGAGCUGUCUGAGCUUCUCGACCUGGAAGCCGAAAUCGCAACCCUAAGGCGGGCGUGUGAGGAGCCAACGGCGCCAUUGAAAGAGACCUCUGGAACCAGGAAAUUAUUGAAAAAUAUAUAUCAAUCAGAGUCUGAAGGAUGGGAGCCUUCAAAAGACUUGAGAAGACAGGUUGGACAUUUAGAAUCAGAACUUGCGCUUCUAAGUACGCUUGUUGGCAUCAACAUAAAAAAAUACUCAAAGAAAACGGAGGACAUCCCAAGCACUGAGAUGACACAAAGAAAUAUAAGACAAGUUCUACAAAGACACAGAUUAUCAGGAAGUUGCCGUAUGGUUACAUUUCAACUUGAGUUUCAGAUUCUGGAAAUUCAGAAUGAGAAGACUUUAUCUUCUGUUAUUACUGACCUGAACAUAAUAGUGGAGCCCACAGAGUAUUCAGAAUUAAGUGAAUUUGUAUCCAGAGCAGAAGAAAGAAGAGACCUUUUCAUGUUUUUUAGAAGCCUGCACUUAUUUGUGAAGUGGUGUGAAUUUCGUAAGCGCACAUUUAAACAUUUCAAGGAUAAAUAUGAUGAUAAUAUACAUAUGCCUACAAGACCAGAGUCCUGCUACAUGGGAAUCCAGAGUCCCAGCCAACCUGGAUUUGAAUUAAUAAUCAUUUGGAGGAUUCAAAUGGAUGACAAAGGGAAAGUUUUGCCAACAUUGGAUCUUUUAAACAAAUUCCCAAAGCAAGCCCUGAAGCUGGACAGAAAGGCAGUUACAGCAAGCGCUCCUCACAGCUUCCGCACCCUGCUAGGAAUGCUUGGAAUUGAAGCCUCUCUAGAAAGCCUGAUACAUUCAUUUUUGAAUACAAAAGAAUAG